UUUGGCGCCGCCGUUUCCCGCACAUGCCUCCUCUUUCCCUCCUCCCCCUCGAAAGGCAGAGACAGCAACCGCCGCCGAGUAGGGGAGAGCGAGAGCCGGAGAGCUACCGAGCGAGGGGUUGGCCAUGGACGAGGGGCUGGUGUCCGUCGACAAGUUCAGCGGCGGGAGCCAGGCCUACUUCCUGACGCACCUCCACCAGGACCACACCCGCGGCCUCGGCGCGGCGGGCGGGUGGCGCCACGGUCCGCUCUACUGCUCCCCCGUCACGGCGCGCCUCCUCCCCACCCGCUUCCCGGGCGUCAACGCCUCUCUCCUCCGCCCCCUCUCCGCCGGCGCCUCCACCUCGCUCUCCCUCACCUCCCCCUCCACCGGCCGCUCCGUCUCCGUCGUCGUCACCGCCAUCCCCGCCCUCCAUUGCCCCGGUUCGCUCAUGUACCUCUUCAGCGGCGAUCUCGGGUGCAUGCUGUACACGGGGGAUUUCCGGUGGGAGCUGAGCUGCGAGAGGGCGCGGGCGGCGAAGAAGGCGCUCCUCGACGCGCUCGCCGGGGAUACCGUGGACGUGCUUUAUCUGGAUAACACAUACUGCCACCCGUCGCUUAACUUCCCUCCGCGCCCCGUCGUCGCUGAGCAGAUUGUUAAUAUUAUUCGGGCACAUCCUGACCAUGAAGUUAUUAUUGGCGUUGACACUCUUGGAAAAGAAGAUCUCUUGCUUCAUAUAUCCAGAGCACUGCAAACAAAGAUUUGGGUCUGGCCUCAGCGCCUUCAGACAAUACACCUUCUAGGUAUUGAUGACAACCAUGAGAUCUUCACCACACAGACCAGCUUGACCAGGGUCCGUGCUGUUCCAAGAUACAGCCUGACUAUUGAGAGUCUUGAUGCUUUGAACACGGUAUGCCCCACUAUAGGAAUCAUGCCUUCUGGUAUUCCUUGGCUCUGGAAAAACAGUGAAGGAAAGACCAAGUCUGGUGUUAAAUCACCAGCAAAGUCUAUCAGAUGCAAAGGGCUAGGUAAAGGCACAAUAGAAAUGGACUACGAUCCCCUGUCACCACCAAAGCUAUUUGAGAUGUACUCUUAUAGUCUGCCAUACUCCGAGCAUGCUUGUUUUGCUGAGUUAGAGGAUUUCAUGCAGACACUACGACCAUCAACUGUCAUAGGGAUCGUCAGCACGUCCUUCUGUUAUGUGAAUCCUCGGUACCACUUCAGUCAUCUUUGUGGAGAUAGUCAAUAUUCUGACAAGAUAUCUGAGAAGAACAAGGGUAAGGAUAACUCAGCCUUGAUGCCUAAGAAAAGGCAGAAUGGUUCAAAGAGUCCGAAAGAAAGGAAGAUCAGGGUAGUGUACAGAAGCCGAGUCACAGUGAAAAGGAAGGAGUGCUGCGGUGCAAAGAUAGGAAAGCCUGAUGAACCUAUCAGUGUAGCAUGAGUUGUCUAAUCUCCAAGUAAAGUUAUGUCCACACCUGUAAAGAUUUAGGCCUUGUUUAGUUCCUAAAAUUUUUCUUCAAAAACAUCACAUCGAAUUUUUGAACAUUUAAAUAAAGCA